AUGCUAGCCCAGCAAGCAACAGCGCAGCCUCACCUGCAAGAUGGAUAUGGACCUCAGAAUGUUGAAAAGUGCAUUAAACUACACAAUUCCAUCGUCUCGCAUGCUAGUUCCAAGCUUCCACCCCACCAACAGCCAAAAGUAGAACGUAGCUGGUUCGCCGCCCACUCUUUGGAUCCGGGCUCGCCGGGCCUCGACAUUGAACUCGACGAAGACCUUGUAGCUUUUCUAUCCGGGAUUGAUAUCGUCAUUCGAGAAAAACACCAGCACCUAGCUUUUACCCCGUUUCUCAUCGGAAUUUCGGCUCCCAAUGAACUGCGCCCGGACGCGUGGGAAGGUAUCGAUGAGUAUGAGGACUUUAUCCUCCUGUACAAGGGUAUAGGGCAUGAUCCCGGUGGUCUUGUUUACAGUCGAACUACCCAUCAAGUCUGCUUUGUGCGCGAUCCGUUUGAUGAGCCCCGCGAACGCAUGUGGGGUGAUCUUCAUGCGGUUUUGGAGCUUUAUCUACGGUCGAUCGAGUCGGGGAAGUUCGUUGUUGAUGCAGAGCACCCUGGGUUCGGCAAUAGGGAUGGGCUUGUUACGCAGGGCUGGAGAGUCGCGGAGUGGACGGAAAAAGAGUUGCGGCAGGUACUUGAUAUUUGGGAGAGUUUGGUGGAUGCGGUUACUGCGCGGUUACCGGAGUCUGUUGGAGUGUCUGGUGCUAAAGAAGAUCAUGGCGAUGAGGAACCGCCACCAAAGAAGAAGAGGAAAAUGGAAGACUUUGGGUUAAUUCCUGCUGAAGUCUCGAACAAGUAUCCUGCCAUACCGCCGUUUGCGCGCGUCUUCCUGUCUCGGGCAAAGAAACCGCGGUUUACUUCCAUUGCACCGCAGUUGGAUGUACCAAAUGAAGCUUUCAUCCACCGUGUAGGCGCUGAACUACAGGCAAGGUAUCCCGAUGCUUCUCUUGAUACUCACCAGCAUGAACUUGCUGACUGCACACCAUUUCUACUGUUCCCAUGGCGCGCACCAGGUGUGCAGUUUUCCUCACAAGAUGAACGGGACCGAUGGCAAUCUCUGCGAAAACAAAGUAUACUAGACGAUCGUGUCGGCCUCUAUCUCGUACCUGAUGUUCUCCAUGCUCACGCCAGCACUCUGCUUCUACCUUUCCAACUCGGUGAGAAACGUCAUGUAGUGAUGGGGGAUGGGUCAACGGUAGAUAGACCGGCGCAGGACGCGUUGUAUCGACAUGGUGUGUGCAAUCCUUUCAUGCCUGAUCACGGGACACCGCUUGCUGCGAUACUGGUGAAUUGGUGGGAACAGGUUGAGAAUGACUCUUGGAGCGUCAACGUAAGUGGUGUGGAUGGUGGGGAGGAGCUAUGGAAGAAGGCAGACACAGAGGAAGACGCCGAAGAUUUUCAGACUGAUUGGUCGUGCUAG